CUACGUACAGACAGCUGGAGUAGGUACUGCCCAGCGCUAAAUGGUAUUGACUAUUUUGUACGGGGUAGAACAGGACAAGAAUAACAGUUAUCCAUGAUAUAGAGUAUUUCUAGAAGCUAUACAUAAUAUUAUUCCUGUUGUGCAAGUACCAUACUUAAAGGCCUCCUAAGUCAAGGUACCAAGUAUGAGAGAAUGUCAUCUGUACGGAUUGAUUGGUCCAUUCGUUGCCGCUCCAUCACUCAGGAAAGUAUCUUGGAGAUACCCACGGAGUAUUCUCUGACCCAAAUGCAUUGUUUAUAUUCAUUUAAUUGCACUCUACAUCAAGUACAUCACUCGUGUCAUGUCGAACCCGGAUCUCGAAACGUGCAAGGCACAACACCCCAAUGAGAAUGACGGCACGCACGCAUCUGCCUUCCAGCAGCUCGGGCUCUUGGACCGGUUCCUGGCCGUAUGGAUUUUCCUCGCCAUGGCGGUUGGAAUCAUCUUGGGGAACUUCGUGCCCCAGACGAGCGCCGCGUUGCAGAGGGGGAAGUUAAUCGGCGUGUCCAUUCCGAUAGCUAUCGGUCUCUUGGUAAUGAUGUACCCGAUUCUCUGCAAGGUUCGGUUUGAGACUUUGCAUCGGUCAUUCCGCGAGAAAAGGCUAUGGGUGCAGAUCGUGUUUAGUCUCUUCAUGAACUGGAUCGUGGCGCCCUUCUUCAUGUGUGCGCUCGCAUUUGCCUUUUUACCCGACGAAAGAGGAUUACGAGAAGGCCUCCUCCUCGUAGGGAUUGCUCGGUGCAUUGCAAUGGUGCUCAUCUGGACAGCUUUAGCCGGAGGAGACGGUGAAUACUGUGCGAUUCUCGUCGCGAUCAAUUCGAUACUGCAGAUGGUCCUGUUCGCGCCGUUUAUGAUUCUCUUCAUCCGAGAAAUAGAUGGUUCAGAGGACGCGGGCAUCCACAUCAGCUACUCGCUGGCCGCAAAGAGCGUCGGUGUCUUCCUUGGGAUCCCGUUAGGUGCAGCGGUCGUCACUCGCCUCAGCCUACGAGCGUCGGUCGGCUCCGAAUGGUAUCAGAAGAAGUUCUUGCCCUUCAUCAGUCCGCUAUCGCUGAUCGGACUCCUGUUCACGAUCCUGGUGCUAUUCGCCUCGCAGGGACGACAUGUCGUCCAGCAGAUUGUAUCUGUCAUCCGGGUGGCUGCCCCCCUCGUUGUCUACUUCGCAGUGGUCUUCCUUCUCACGAUUCUGGUGGCCCGUCGACUGGGAUUUGGGUAUGAGCUCGCCUGCACGCAGGGCUUUACUGCUGCGAGCAACAAUUUCGAGCUGGCGAUCGCGGUGGCGAUCGCUACAUUCGGUGUGGAAAGUGAUCAAGCCCUGGCAGCAACAGUCGGUCCGUUAGUCGAGGUACCAGUCCUGUUGGCCUUGGUAUAUGUGGUCAGAUGGUUUGUUAAGAGGCGACAAUGGUAGUCCGGAAGUUUUCAAGAUGGGAUGGCGCAAAAAACCGAGUCCGGGGGGGGGGGGAUCCGAUCUGG